CACAUUCGUUCAGCUCAUCAUCUUUGCUUUGCUCUAUCUUGUUCGUUCCCCUAGUUCCUUAGUGUUGUUUCGCGAAGAACAAUGGCGCCUAAUGCUAUCUCGACUGUGGAGCUGCUUGUGCAUAUGGAUUGCGACGGAUGCGAGAAAAAGAUAAGAAAGGCCAUCUCCAAAAUGAAUGGAGUAGACAGUUUGGAUAUAGAUUUGGGUCAGCAAAAAGUAACAGUGACUGGGUAUGUAGAUCAGCGGAAGGUUUUGAAAGCAGUGAGAGGCACAGGCAGGAAAGCAGAGUUCUGGCCAUAUCCAUACGAUGGGGAGUACCACCCCUUCAUGUCUCACUACUUCCAAGAUUCUACCUUCGCUCCGACCUACAACUAUUACAGGCAUGGAUACAAUAACAUCGACUACGGAUAUCUCCCUCACUCUAUGUCCUCCAGUUCGGUGGACAACAACGCCGCUGCUCUCUUCAGCGACGAGAACGUCCAUUCUUGCUCCAUCAUGUGAAUUCAAUUCCUUCAUCCAAAAUUAAAGUAUACCAUUCAGUGUUUUAGGUAUGUAUAUAUAUAUAUAUAUAUAUAUAUAUAUAUAUCGGCAAGAAGUAUUUGAAUACCUGAUUGAAUACCUGAAAUAUGUAAAGGUUAGUUGUUAAAGAUAUUGAAAAUACUUCAUGAACUUCAUGUAUAGACACUACUACUCGUGUCGCCCUUAGUCGGGAUAAAUAUACACCAGUUCUGAUUU